AUGAACCUCUUUCGCAAUCGAAUGGCUUCUCAGCCAUACUCUCUUCUUCUUGGUUUACUAGCGACAUUCUUAUUGCUCAGUCGAGUACAUGGUGCCUCAGAUACCGGUCUUCCCAGACUCAGCACGGCUACCGACACUUCGACUACAACCACUGCAACAGGCACAACUACAGCAACGACAUCGACGGGUACAGGUCUUCCGCCAUUAACAUCUACAUCCAGCUCUCUCACAGACAUCCCUACCGCCACCGUUCCACCAACCUCUAAUGCACCGUAUAUGCAACAGUCCAGCCUGCCCGAAGGCACCGUCUUCAUCGCCGUCGGAGCGGGACUAGGAUUCAUCGGAUUAUCAGUCUUGAUAUGGCGUGCGAUGGUUGCCUGGUCCAUCAACCGCUCCGUCCGAAAAGCCGCUUACCAGCAAACCAAAUCCAACAUGAAGGCCGCCGCCGUCCUACGACGAAGCAGUAGGCGCAAAUCCCACCGUCGCUCUGGUACCAGUGGUCGUCGUCGUUCCCGUCGCGAAACCCGCGGCACAUCAAUGAAUAUGGAGAAACUUUCAUCAAGGUCUGAUCGACAGAGUCAUGUAUCUACCAAAACCCCCGCCACGCAAAGCAGUCUGUUCUUCUCGCCAACUGCGGGCGCUGGAAGUCAUCAAUCUCUCAAUAGGACAUCCACAUUCCUGCCGGCUGGGUAUUAUGCGGCUGGGAAUACAGCGAUGGGAAGUCAUAGUCAGGUCAAUCUUGGACGAAGCCCGCCGGGAACACCGAGUUCGCCUCCUACUCAUGUCCUUGAUGUCCCUCUUAACCGCACAUCGCAUCAUUUGGGUGCAUCGACUAGUUCAUUGAACCUGAAUGCGCCGCCUCAGGGAAGAGUGCCGAGUGCUUAUCUCGAGGAUCUUUUUGAUAACCAUCCUCCUACUCGGCCCAGCGGGCAGUAA